AGCUCAGAGAGGAGCAGGGCAGCAGGGCUGAGUGGCCUGGACCUGGGCUUCCCAGCGGGUCUCAGUGAAGCUCCUUCCACAGAGGGGACAGAGCAGAGGGACCAUGCAGCCCCCCUCAGCCUGUCCCUGCAGAGGGGGCAUCCCCUGGCAGGGGGUCCUGCUGGCAGUCUCACUGUUAACCUUUUGGAACCCGCACCCCACUGCCCAGCUCAGUAUUAAACCAGUGCCUUUCGAUGUUGCUGAAGGGAAAGACGUUCUUCUACUCCUCCACAAUGUGUCGGAGAACACUGUAGGCUACUUCUGGUUCAGAGGGGAAAUAACAACCCCAAACCUUCUCAUUGUAUCCUACUCGAAUCUCACACACUCAGCUACCCAAGGUCCUGCAUUCAGUGGUCGAGAGACAAUAUACCCCAAUGGGUCCCUGCUGUUCAUGAAUGUGACAAAGGGGGACACAGGAUUCUACACCCUGCAAACCACAACUCCCAAUUUUCAAAUUGAAACAGCAACUGGAGGGUUCCGCGUACAUGAGAAAUUACCCAAACCCAACAUCACAAUCAACAACUCCCAACCCAUGGAGGGUGAGGACUCUCUAGCAUUAACGUGUGAACCUGAGAUUAAUUAUGCAACCUACCUGUGGAAGAUAAACAAUCAGACAAUCCUAGAUGGUGACAGGCUGAAGCUGUCCAACAACAACAGGACUCUCACUUUAUUCAAUGUCACAAGGAAUGACACAGGACCCUAUGAGUGUGAAACCCAGAACCCAGUGAGUGCCAACCACAGUGACCUACUCACCCUGAAUAUUUCCUAUGGCCCUGAUGCCCCCAUCAUAAACCCCCCAGACUCACAUUUCCGUCUAGGGACAAAUCUCAACCUCUCCUGCCACGCAGACUCUAACCCGCCUGCUCAGUACUCUUGGUCUUUCAAUGGGAGGCCCCUGGAAUCCACACAACAGCUCUCAGUCCCCAACCUCUCUACAAAUAAGAGUGGAUUCUAUGUGUGUGUCGCCCAUAACUCUGUCACUAACCUCAAUAGGACCACAACCAAGAAUAUUACCGUCUCUGGGCUUGUGGCCCAGCCCUCCCUCAGAGCCACCAACACAGAACCACACUCUGUGGCCAUGACCUGCCUCUCAGAUGACCCUGGAAUCUCCAUCACGUGGAUCCUCAAUAGCCAGACUCUGCAGCUCACAGACAGGAUGCAGCUGUCCCCGGACCACAGGACCCUCAGCAUAGACCCCGUCAGACAGGAGGAUGCCGGGGAGUAUCAGUGUGAGGCCUCCAACCCCGCCAGUUCCUCCAGGAGUGACCGCUACAGACUGGCUGUGAUCUGUGAGUGGCCCCCGUGCCACCAGUGCUUCCGUCAUAGAUUUCACUGUCAAGGGCCAUCAUAUGGCACCAGCCAUGAGCAUGGGGUAGAGGCCAAGGUCCCUCUGACACUUCCACCUCCCUGGCCCCACCCCCUGGCCACAGAGCUGCUGUCCCCAUCUACCAGAGGGGACAGAGCAGCAGGGACCAUGCAGCCCCCCUCAGCCUGUCCCUGCAGAGGGGGCAUCCCCUGGCAGGGGGUCCUGCUGGCAGUCUCACUGUUAACCUUCUGGAACCCGCACCCCACUGCCCAGAUCACUAUUCAACCAGUGCCUGCCGAUGUUGCUGAAGGGAGAGACGUUCUUCUACUUGUCCACAAUGUGUCGAAGAACACUGCAGGCUACCAGUGGUACAGAGGGCAAAUACCAGACCGAAGCCGUCUCACUGUAUCCUAUUCAAAUCUCACACACUCAGCUACCCAAGGCCCUGCAUUCAGUGGUCGUGAGACAAUAUACCCAAAUGGGUCCCUGCUGUUCGUGAAAGUGACAAAGGGGGACACAGGAUUCUACACCCUACAAGUCACAACUGCCGAUUUUGAUAGUGAAGCAGCAACUGGAGAGUUCCGUGUACAUGAGAAAUCACCCAAACCCAACAUCACAAUCAACAACUCCCAACCCAUGGAGGGUGAGGACUCUCUAGCAUUAACGUGUGAACCUGAGAUUAAUUAUGGGAGCUACCUGUGGAAGAUAAACAAUCAGAGGAUCCCAGAUGGUGACAGUUUGAAGCUGUCCAACAACAACAGGACUCUCACUUUAUUCAAUGUCACAAGGAAUGACACAGGACCCUAUGAGUGUGAAACCCAGAACCCAGUGAGUGCCAGCCACAGUGACCCACUCACCCUGAAUAUUUCCUAUGGCCCGGUUGCCCCCAUCAUAAACCCCCCAGACUCACAUUUCCGUCCAGGGACAAAUCUCAACCUCUCCUGCCACGCAGACUCUAACCCGCCUGCUCAGUACUCUUGGUCUUUCAAUGGGAGGCCCCUGGAAUCCACCCAAGAGCUCUCAAUCCCCAACCUCUCUACAAAUAAUAGUGGAUCCUAUGUGUGUGUCACCCAUAACCCUGUCACUAACCUCAAUAGGACCACAACCAAGAAUAUUACCAUCUCUGGACCAUUGACACCGCCCCACCUCACAGCUAGCAACACCAAGGUGGCAGAAGGGGAUUCUGUGCAGCUGGUCUGCAUCCCAAAUGACACUGAAAUCUCCAUCCAGUGGCUCUUCAAUAACAAGACCCUGCGAAUCACAGACAGGAUGCAGCUGUCCCUAAACAACAGCAUCCUGACCAUAAACCCGGUCCUAAAGUUGGAUGAAGGAGAGUAUCAUUGUCAAGUCUCCAACCCAAUCUCUUCCCUAAAGAGCAACCCCAUCACACUGACUGUGAUCGCAGAAGAGAGGACCCCAGGCCUCCCUGUGGGGGCCGUCGCUGGCAUCGUGACUGGGGUCCUGGUCGGGGUGGCUCUGGUGGCUGCUCUGGGGUGUUUCCUGCUCCACACAAGAAAUGGAAGGGCCAGCGUCCAGCUUGGCCUCAGAGAACACCACACCCCAGCAUCAAGACCCGGCCAAGGUCCCUCUGACAGCUCCACCUCCCUGGCCCCACCCCCUGGCCACAGAGCUGCUGUUCCCAUCUACCAGGAAUUGCUAAACCCUGACCUGGACAUCUAUUGCCGGGUCGACCACAAGGCUGAUGUGGAUUCUUACUCCUUCCACAGAGGGGACAGAGCAGCAGGGACCAUGCAGCCCCCCUCAGCCUGUCCCUGCAGAGGGGGCAUCCCCUGGCAGGGGAUCCUGCUGGCAGUCUCACUGUUAACCUUCUGGAACCCGCACCCCACAGCGCAGCUCAUUAUUGAACCAGUGCCUUUCGAUGCUGCUGAAGGGACAGACGUUCUUCUCCUUGUCCACAAUGCAUCACAGAAUAUCAUAGGCUACAACUGGUUCAAAGGAGAAACAGGAGAUGGCAGACACGAAAUUAUAUCAUAUGUGGUAUCCACACAGGUGUCUACCCCAGGGCCUGCAUUCAGUGGCAGAGAGAAAAUAUACUCCAAUGGAUCCUUGCUGAUACAGAAUGUGACACAGAAUGACACAGGAUUCUACGCCCUGCAAACUAUAACUGCCAAUGUUAGAGUUGAAUUAGCAACUGGAGAGUUCCGCGUACAUGAGAAAUUACCCAAACCCAACAUCACAAUCAACAACUCCCAACCCAUGGAGGGUGAGGACUCUCUAGCAUUAACGUGUGAACCUGAGAUUAAUUAUGGGAGCUACCUGUGGAAGAUAAACAAUCAGAUGAUCCUAGAUGGUGACAGGCUGAAGCUGUCCAACAACAACAGGACUCUCACUUUAUUCAAUGUCACAAGGAAUGACACAGGACCCUAUGAGUGUGAAACCCAGAACCCAGUGAGUGCCAACCACAGUGACCUACUCACCCUGAAUAUUUCCUGUGAGUGGCUUGUGGCCCAGCCCUCCCUCAGAGCCACCAACACAGAACCACACUCUGUGGCCAUGACCUGCUUCUCAGAUGACCCUGGAAUCUCCAUCACGUGGAUCCUCAAUAGCCAGACUCUACAGCUCACAGACAGGAUGCAGCUGUCCCCGGACCACAGGACCCUCAGCAUAGACCCCGUCAGACAGGAGGAUGCAGGGGAGUAUCAGUGUGAAGCCUCCAACCCCGCCAGUUCCACCAGGAGUGACCGCUACAGACUGGCUGUGAUCUCAGAAGAGAGGACCCCAGGCCUCCCUGUGGGGGCCGUCGCUGGCAUCGUGACUGGGGUCCUGGUCGGGGUGGCUCUGGUGGCUGCUCUGGGGUGUUUCCUGCUCCACACAAGAACUGGAAGGGCCAGUGUCCAGCUUGGCCUCAGAGACCACCGCACCCCAGCAUCAAGACCCGUGGCCUGGACCUGGGCUUCCCAGCGGGUCUCAGUGAAGCUCCUUCCACAGAGGGGACAGAGCAGAGGGACCAUGCAUCCCCCCUCAGCCUGUCCCUGCAGAGGGGGCAUCCCCUGGCAGGGGGUCCUGCUGGCAGUCUCAUUGUUAACCUUCUGGAACCCCAACCCCACUGCCUCGCUCACUAUUGUACCAGUGCCUUUCGAUGUUGCUGAAGGGAGAGACGUUCUUCUACUUGUCCACAAUGUGUCGAAGACCACUGCAGGCUACCAGUGGUACAGAGGGCAAAUAAUAGACCGAAGCCGUUUAAUUGUAUCCUACUCGAAUCUCACACACUCAGCUACCCAAGGCCCUGCAUUCAGUGGUCGUGAGACAAUAUACCCAAAUGGGUCCCUGCUGUUUGUGAAUGUGACAAAGGGGGACACAGGAUUCUACACCCUACAAGCCACAACUGCCGAUUUUGAUAGUGAAGCAGCAACUGGAGAGUUCCGAGUACAUAAUCGUCCUACAUCUGCCCAGGAUACCCACUCCUGCCUGGUUCUUCAGGACUCAGAGAAAUUACCCAAACCCAACAUCACAAUCAACAACUCCCAACCCAUGGAGGGGCUUGUGGCCCAGCCCUCCCUCAGAGCCACCAACACAGAACCACACUCUGUGGCCAUGACCUGCUUCUCAGAUGACCCUGGAAUCUCCAUCACGUGGGUCUUCAAUAGCCAGACUCUGCAGCUCACAGACAGGAUGCAGCUCUCCCCGGACCACAGGACCCUCAGCAUAGACCCUGUCAGACAUUCCACCAGCAGUGAGCGCUACAGACUGGCUGUGAUCUCAGAAGAGAGGACCCCAGGCCUCCCUGUGGGGGCCGUCGCUGGCAUCGUGACUGGGGUCCUGGUCGGGGUGGCUCUGGUGGCUGCUCUGGGGUGUUUCCUGCUCCACACAAGAACUGGAAGAGGGGACAGAGCAGCAGGGACCAUGCAGCCCCCCCCAGCCUGUCCCUGCAGAGGGGGCAUCCCCUGGCAGGGGAUCCUGCUGGCAGUCUCACUGUUAACCUUCUGGAACCCGCACCCCACUGCUCCGAUCACUAUUUAACCAGUGCCUUUCAAUGUUGCUGAAGGGACAGAUGUUCUUCUACUUGUCCACAAUGUGUCGGAGAAUCUAGGCUACACCUGGUACAGAGGAGAAACAAUAGGCCACAGCCAUGAAAUUAUAUCAUACUUGAUGCUCACACAGACCACUACUCCAGGGCCUGCAUGUGGAGGAAGAGAGUCAUAAUAUCCCAAUUGGUCUCUGCUGUUCCUCAAUUGGUCAUCAGCCAGGGCACAGUCCCAGAAGCCACAUCUGGGCAAGGGCACCUGGGCAUCUCCUUCUCCUGGGACUAGGUGUGGGCUUGUGGCCCAGCCCUCCCUCAGAGCCACCAACACAGAACCACACUCCGUGGCCAUGACCUGCCUCUCAGGUGACACUGGAAUCUCCAUCAUGUGGAUCCUCAAUAGCCAGACUCUGUCAGACCCGCUGACAAUCUGGCUUGUGGCCCAGCCCUCCCUCAGAGCCACCAACACAAAACCACACUCUGUGGCCAUGACCUGCCUCUCAGAUGACCCUGGAAUCUCCAUCACGUGGAUCUUCAAUAGCCAGACUCUGCAGCUCACAGACAGGAUGCAGCUGUCCCCGGACCACAGGACCCUCAGCAUAGACCCCGUCAGACAGGAGGAUGCAGGGGAGUAUCAGUGUGAGGCCUCCAACCCCGCCAGUUCCACCAGGAGUGACCGCUACAGACUGGCUGUGAUCUGCCAAGGUCCCUCUGACAGCUCCACCUCCCUGGCCCCACCCCCUGGCCACAGAGCUGCUGUCCCCAUCUACCAGGCUGGGAAGGCUGAUGUUCUCAGAGGGGACAGAGCAGCAGGGACCAUGCAGCCCCCCUCAGCCUGUCCCUGCAGAGGGGGCAUCCCCUGGCAGGGGGUCCUGCUGGCAGUCUCACUGUUAACCUUCUGGAACCCGCACCCCACUGCCUCGCUCACUAUUGUACCAGUGCCUUUCAAUGUUGCUGAAGGGAGAGACGUUCUUCUACUUGUCCACAAUGUGUCGAAUACCACUGCAGGCUACCAGUGGUACAGAGGGCAAAUAACAGACCGAAGCCGUCUAAUUGUAUCCUACUCGAAUCUCACACACUCAGCUACCCAAGGCCCUGCAUUCAGUGGUCGUGAGACAAUAUACCCAAAUGGGUCCCUGCUGUUUGUGAAUGUGACAAAGGGGGACACAGGAUUCUACACCCUACAAGCCACAACUGCCGAUUUUGAUAGUGAAGCAGCAACUGGAGAGUUCCGAGUACAUGAAAUAUUACCCAAACCCAACAUCACAAUCAACAACUCCCAACCCAUGGAGGGUGAGGAAUCUCUAGCAUUAACGUGUGAACCUGAGAUUAAUUAUGCAACCUACCUGUGGAAGAUAAACAAUCAGACGAUCCUAGAUGGUGACAGGCUGAAGCUGUCCAACAACAACAGGACUCUCACUUUAUUCAAUGUCACAAGGAAUGACACAGGACCCUAUGAGUGUGAAACCCAGAACCCAGUGAGUGCCAACCGCAGUGACCCACUCACCCUGAAUAUUUCCUAUGGCCCGGAUGCCCCCAUCAUAAACCCCCCAGACUCACAUUUCCAUUCAGGGACAAAUCUCAACCUCUCCUGCCACGCAGACUCUAACCCACCUGCUCAGUACUCUUGGUUUUUCAAUGGGAGGCCCCUGGAAUCCACACAAGAGCUCUCAAUCCUCAACCUCUCUACAAAUAAUAGCGGAUCCUAUGUGUGUGUCGCCCAUAACCCUGUCACUAACCUCAAUAGGACCACAACCAAGAAUAUUACCGUCUCUGAACCAUUGACACUGCCCCACCUCACAGCUAGCAACACCACGGUGGCAGAAGGGGAGUCUGUGGAGCUGACCUGCGUCCCAAAUGACACUGAAAUCUCCAUCCAGUGGCUCUUCAAUAACAAGACCCUGCAAUUCACAGACAGGAUGCAGCUGUCGUCAAACAACAGCAUCCUGACCAUAAACCCAGUCCAGAAGAAGGAUGAGGGAGAGUAUCAUUGUCAAGUCUCCAACCCAAUCUCUUCCCUAAAGAGCAACCCCAUCAUGCUGACUGUGAUCGGUGGUGAGUGACCCUCUGCCCCUCCUACAUCUUACUGAGGGGAUUUCUUUAUCAAUGGUAUACAAAAUGAAUAAAAGUCACAGGGGAAAGAAUAUCAAUUAAGACACUAAAGAAGUAAGCAGAAUUGCAAAGUGGUUUGGAGUUUAGACUGUCAGUGAAAUGUGUAGUCAACUUCUGCAUUCGUGAGGAACUCCUUCUAGAAGUCCUGCAUAUACCAAAGGAUGCUCUAGAGCCUUAUAAAGAAUGGC